AUGGCCGAGCAUACAAGGCCGCGUCCCUCCAAUUCAAAACCCAUUCACUCCACCACCAACAACAACAACGACUCUGAUGAGGAGCAGGAGACUUUUUACCGCCAACCUGAGCCCGUCCAACCUGGCGACAGGUUCUUUGACCGCCCUGCACUCGCCUUCAACCCCGCGUCGAUGCCUCUCGAGGAGAACGAGCAAGGCUUGUUCGUGAAGACUGGGACUCCUGAAGUCGACGAGGGACUUGUCAGGGACUUGGAGGAGCAAGAGGAGGACGAGAACGCCCCAAGUUCUCGCGCGUCAAGGGAUCAUGAGGACGAAACUAUAGACGAACCCAUCGAUGUCGACGCCGAGGAGCCCGUUUUCACCCCCCCGAGCACUAUUCUCAAAAAGUCGUUUUCGAGCUCUGGAGGCGCGGACAAGGCGGAUCAGGAACAGCACACAUCGAUUUCACACGAGACUUCAAAGGCCAGCCUCGGCGAUCGUAUGAACACAACAACAACGGCUGCUAGGACAUCGACGCGUUCUAUUUUCGAAGAGUCUGUCAAGCCACCUACCUUCAAUUCGGCCCUCUUCUCCUCCUCCGAGAACAACGGCUUUGCUUCCAGGAUAGCAGGACAGGGAGACAAGGACAAGGUUAAAGUCGAGAACCAAGAGAAGGAUGUCGAGAACCAAGAGCAGGAUGGCGAUAGCACGGACGAGGAUCAGGAGGUUGCCAAGCCCAGUACACUUUUCCCAGUGUUACAACCAGACCGCGGACUUGUACUCGCGGUCAAGGAACAGGGGGAUGACGAUCAGCAUGUUCCUGACGACGAGGAGGACGACGAGGAGGACGAGGGCAUUCCCGUAAGCUACCCUUCAUUGUCGAAUUUGUCACACUCCAGAGAGACAGAGAAGGCACCACAGCAACCUUUUGAGACAUCUACAGCUGCCGCCGUCCCAACACUGCCCGAAUCGACAAACAUCAAGCGCUGGGAUCUCGAGAAGGAUGAGGAGCUGUCGGAUGUAGAGAUUGAUCUGGACUUUGUCAACCCACGCUCUAAGGGACUUCAGGAUUCGCAGGGUUCGCUGUCACCUGCGACCCAGGUUGCUACCGAGUUGAGGGUAUCGCCAUUUGCGGCUUUCUUGGACGCUGCUCCUUUGCGGUCCUCCACUCCGCAUUCAGGUGACGAGUUGUCGAGAUCUGGCCGCAAAGGAAAGCUCGGAACGGCAUCUCAGUCUGACGAUGAAUCGGAUCACGAUAUCAAGGACUAUGUUGGAGCAGCUGCUCUUGCAGGAGGCGCGCUGUUGGCAAAAAAGUUCCUUGGAGACAAGGAUUCAGGAGACGAGACGGACUCUGCUGGAGAUGUAGACUUGGCGUCGCUGUUACGCGAACCUUUGUCCAAGUUUCUGGGCAGUCAGUUUAAGCCAGCUGGAUCAGAGAGGAGUUCAACAUCGGACGAUGGCGUGUUGUUUGCGGGAGGUGUUGGAGGUGUUGUCAAGUCCUUUUUGGAUAUGACGUCGCAGAAGCAGGACGAUGCCUCUGACGACGAGGUUUCCGAGGCGUUCGCCCCGAAAUUGUCGGCAGCAGAGAAAGGAAAGCGGGUUGACCGGGAUAGUCAGGUGACACCAGUUGCACAGCGGGAACCCCUGGACGAUCUUCCACCCAUCAACAGUCUUGCGGACAAGGCUUUCGGCUCUGUCGGUAUGGCCCCCGUACUGGACUUAUUGAGCCCUACGCCUGUGUCGCCUCCUGCACCCACAAUGCAUGGACCCCGAUCUGGAAUUUACCCUCUAGCGCCACCAGAGCCUUGGGGUCCUGGCUCUCUCAGGAACACCCUGUCACAACGCCGGUCUCCCAUCAACAAUGUCAAGACCGACUCUGCCGACACUAAAGAUGCCUUCAACCACGAUCCCAACUUGGCUUUUGCAAUCUUGCCUCGGAAACAGCCUAUUGCUGCUCAACCAAAGCCCGCCGAGGGAGUAAGGUCACUCUUGUCCGACUACCCCGAUGUCGUUCCUAAGGCUGCCGCCGCCUCUGUGCCAACCGUGACUUUACCUGCUGACCCUACUAAGGCGCCUGUUCUCCGUGGUCGCUAUGAACUUCCCUCCAUCAACAAGAUUGACCAGUGGAAGAGCAAAAACAGCCUGGCACCAAAUGCUUUCAAACGUCUUAUCUUCAACGUUCUUGCCCUGUUCGUGUCCAAAGGGGUCAUGAAGGGACGCAUCUACAAGUACGGCUUCUAUACCUUGCUUUCAGUGAUCUACAGUUACACACGAAGAGCCAACAACUUCGAGACCCUGCCCUUGACCCCAUCACAGAGAGCCCUCCUAGGUUUGGAGCCUGUUGCUUCCAAGGUUCCUGGUGCAGUCCCAAUCUUCAAAAAGCCUGCCGCUGCUCCACGAAACUUAACGGAGAGACCUAUAAUGAGCACCUAUAUAAGCCCCUCGCAGGCAUCGCUCACCUCGUCCAGGACUGCUUUCCAGAAACCAGUUGUGUCGUCGAUUUCUUCAGAGUACAGAGAUGCUGCAACAAUCUUGAACAAGUCCAUGUCCCGCGCAUUCAACACCGUCUCUGUACAGGAUAAGGCUGGCGUGGAACGUUUGAUGCGCAAUGUGGAAGCAAGGGAGGAACUCAAGGCUGAGUGGAAGGGCGUUGACUCUGACCCUAGCAAGCGUGCGUUUGGUCUCCACUCUGCAUAUGGCACUCCUCAAGCCGGUCUCCAAGGUGGCAUCGAUAUGGCUCACGCCGGCGCCCACAUGGCCGAACAUACUACUCGGCCUGACCAUCUCGCCAGCAUCAACUCGCGUGGCCCCGUCAGCAGAUACCAGCCUGCACUCAGAACCACCCUCUCCAAGGAUCACACCUCCAAGACGGACUUGCAAAAGGAUGGACUCUACGUUUUCGGACAUAGCAAGGUGCUCAAGUCCCUCAAGGUGUCGGAGGAGCAAUUGGACAGAUGGGUGUUCAACCUUCGCAACUGGUUGUGGGACAAGGUUGUCAAGCAUGUCUGCAGCGAGAUGGAGGUAGUCGACGCAGAGCUGGCCAAGCAAGGACUGUCAUACCUGGACUGCAAGUCGGCCACUAUGUUCUACACUUCAGGACCUCUGCCUCAAAACGCCACCAACGGAAACGCAGCCUCGGCAGCAGCAGCAGCAGCACAGCCUACAGUAGCACCCAUGACCAACUCUCUUGGGUGGGGUGCAGCCAGUAUCGCCAAUCCUCGCAUGCCCAGCGCGUUCGCCCCAAUUUCCAGUCUGCCCCAGCAGCCUUUGUUGCCCACUUCCCUUCAGGAUCUUGACGCCCGUUAUGGAGAGAGCCCCAUUGUGAAGCAGAGAAUGGUUCUGGAGCUCUACCUUGCCAUUCCUGGUUUCGCCAACCGCAAGUACGUCGUUGAGCGGUUACAAGCCAUGGGACCAUUGCUUAGCCACUUUAGCUGGGACUCGACUGGGGUGACUUGGGAAGGCGGCAAGAAGGCAUGGACACAGGACUUGCCUACGGACUCGCAGAUCAUUAUGCACCUGUUUACGGUGUACAUGGAUCUGGCCAUGCCUGCUCAACCUAGCCAGUCAUACGAUCGGUUCCCAUUCUCGUACAAGCACUAUGUGCCCAUGGAAGCUAAGCCCGAUGCUACGACGUCACUGCAAAUCAAGCAGACUGCCAAGUACCCACCCAACUACAACCUUGUUGUUGAAGGAGCUAUGUGGGAGGUUAUUCCUAAACGUCUGAAUGUGUGGUACACACUGGUUAUGUUUAUUUACAUGGUGAUGAAGGAACAUGGAGGGUACAUUGGACAGAUCAACAUUGGUACCAGGAGAGUCGGUCUUGGGGACGUAGUCGAAGGCUACGAUGUCUAA